AUGGCAGGUUUUACUUUCUACAAUUAUGAACCCUCCUUGCCAGCAGCUGCCGUAUUUGUUGUCAUUUUCAUCACGGCCGCUCUUGUUCACUUAUGGCAGAUGUUCCGGCAUCGAACAUGGUACUUUAUCCCAUUUCUUAUCGGCUGCCUCUUCGAGGCAUUUGGCUACGUCGGCCGUGCACUCUCUGCAAACGAAGCUCCGGACUACACCAAGAACCCAUACAUCAUGCAAUCGUUAUUGCUCCUCCUUGGUCCUGCACUCCUCGCCGCUUCAAUUUACAUGAUAUUGGGGCGAUUGAUAGUUCUUUUGGAUGCCGGCCACUUAUCCCUCAUUCGAACGAAGUGGUUGACCAAGGUCUUCGUCAUCGGAGACGUACUAUCCUUCCUGGCACAGAGUGGAGGUGGCGGUAUGCUUGCCUCAGCAAAGUCCAAAGACAAUGUCAAGAUGGGUGAGAAUAUGAUCGUUGGCGGAUUGCUCAUUCAGAUCCUCUUCUUUGGCUUUUUUAUGAUUGUCACUGUCGUUUUUCACACGCGGAUCCGGUCACGUCCAACAUCUCGAUCUCUUGUCUUGAAUGCUCCUUGGGAGAAGCUGAUCUUCAUCCUUUACGCCUCGAGCCUGUUUAUCCUCGUUCGGUCUGUUUUCCGCGUCGCGGAAUAUGUUCUUGGGAAAGACGGAGCGCUGCAGGCUGAAGAGUAUUUGAUUUACAUCUUCGAUGCGACGCUCAUGUCUUUUGUGGCUAUUGCCUUCAAUCUCUUCCACCCAAGCCAAGUCAUCAACAAGCUAGGAGAUGAAAAGCCUAGAUAUACGGUGGAUGAGUAUCCCUUACACAGCGUGUAG